CGGAAUUAUUAGGCUAUAUUUGUAAAGAAAUGGUUAAGGAAAAUAAUGACACUAUAUUUCUAACGUUCAGCAGUAAUGGUGUACCCAAACCACAAGACUUUGUGUUUUUUUUAUUUAUUAAAUUCCAUACUUUUCAGAAGUCUGAGUAGGAGGAGGUUUGAUGCUAAUAAAUCAACGAAAGGAGCCAGCAAAUUGAGAAGGGAUCUAAUUAAUGCAGAAAUAGCAAAUUUGCGCGAACUAUUACCUUUGCCACCAUCGACAAGACAAAGACUUUCGCAACUACAACUUAUGGCACUAGUUUGUGUGUACGUCAGGAAAGCUAAUUAUUUUCAACAAGAUAAAAGGGAUUGUGAAACAAUUGAAGGUGAAUACAGCGAAAACAAUUUGCACGCGUUGAGUGGAUUCCUGAUGAUGAUGACGCAAAAUGGAAAACUUUUGUACAUAUCGGAUAAUGCUGCUGAGUACCUGGGCCAUUCCAUGGAGGACCUUUUAAUCCAUGGAGAUAGUGUAUAUGACAUAAUAGAUAAGCAAGAUCACCAGACAAUUCAAUGUGAAUUGGGACGGCCAGUAAAUACGGGGUCUAACAAUAAUCCAAAUGAUGAAAUUCGGCUGUUUUUAUGUAGGAUGAAUGUUUCUAGGAAUGUUAGGAGACAAAUGCGAUUUGGCGAUCAGAAGGUUGUAUUAGUACAAGGGAGGUACCUAUCGUUCCUUCCCCUUUGUAGUCGUAAUGAACCAGUAUUUCUGGCAUCGUGCACCCCUGUAGCCAUGCCCGAAACGAGGGAGUGUGUAGUCCAAGGUGCCACCAACGUCUUCACAUCCAUACACUCGAUGGAUAUGAGGUUUAUCCACAUCGAUAACAACGGUGAAUUCUACCUGGGCUUUCCGCGCUCCGAUCUGCAGGGGGUGUCCUGGUAUCGGCUGCUGCACUGGGAAUGCACGCGUGAGGCCCAGACCAAACAUCGCUUGAUAACCCAAUCGGAACAAGAAAGAUCAUGCAUCCUGCUGGCGCAAAUUCAACGGCGUACAGGCGAGUGGAUGUGGAUGCACUGCGUGCUGCAAGUGAAAGAGAGCUCGGAAAGCAGUCAACAACCCGUAAUCGUGUGUACUAACCAAGUCCUCAGCGAUGCCGAAGCGGCUGUCAUGAGAACGAAUAGCUGGCUCUACCACUACUAUUCCGUCCAGAAUAAGCUCCAAUACGGUCUCACUUACGACGUCGGUCCUUCGUCGCGACUCCUCUACUACCCGGAGCGGUCGCAAGCCCCAGAGUUUGCCGCCUCCCACGACGUGAGCGGGUACGCGCAUCUGUCGACGAUGCCCGCCGCCCUGCAACCCCAUCUAAGUCAUCACAGCGCGUCCACGCACACACACCACAACCCUCACCACCACCACCACCGACGAGCUGACUCCGAGCCAGUAGAUUAUUCGUACAGUAAGCGCAAGCCCAAAGAAUUACAAAACCUCGAAUUAGAAGUAACUGACCACGAUGUGUCUGAUGCUGAUGGAGGUAGCAGCGGCCUGUUGGUAAUAUCGCAUAUGUCAGAAAGGCCAAGGACGCUACUUAAGGUCGAUCCCAGCGAGCUGAUGGACCAGUGGAACCCCAGUCCGCCUUGGUCGGACACCUUGCAGAAGGUUCCCGACUUGUGUCACCAGGAACUCAGUCCCUACAUAGGGAGUACUCCCCCUACUCCAACUGCGACCCCCAGCACGCAAACCAGCGCAUUUUCCUUCGACUGGAUGCCGGAACAAUACGUCCCUUCGAUAGCUUCAGCUGCACCAGCUGAAGACGCCGAAAGACAGGUUUACUGGCCCACGGAACAUCGAUUAUUUCCGUUGCAGCCUCCUCCAAAGAGGAAUCAUCCGCCCCCAGGAAGAUCUGAGUCGGCUGAUCGAGACACUCCUUAGCGAUGUAGGGAAUAGUUAAUUAACAUUAUUUCGAGUGUAAUAAAGAUGGUUUAGAUUUUA